AAAUGAACCCGUCCAUCAAAAUCUCGUUUUAUAAUCAUACAUUCUUUGCAUGAUUUAUCGAAGAAUACCAAAUCCUAAACCGACAACUCAGACAUGAAUCUAAGCUUAAGCUGACGAUGCAAGUUCGCUCUAAUUUUUAUGAAUUAAAACCUCUCUGAUAAUUUUUAUUUCCAAAGUCUCGAAUUAGCACGCAAAUUCUCUAAUCGAAACCGAAAGUGAGGCUAGAGGACAUGUUCAAAAUAAAUUCUUGGAUUUCUAUAAACUUCAUAUAAUGUUGUCAACUGCCGCAGUUGUGAGGCAUAAACUUUGCCGUCAUGCAUUCCAGACAUCACUGCCAGCAUUAGGAUGUAGAUGUCUCCACAGGGAGCCAAACAACCCAGAAUGGACAAAACUUGCAACCAAACAACUAAAGGGCAGAGAUCCAGAGACCUUGACAUGGCACACCCCAGAGGGUAUAGAUAUCAAACCAGUGUAUACCACAGAAGAUACAAAAAACAAGGAGGGAGAACUACCAGGAAAGUUUCCUUUCACGAGAGGCCCAUACCCCACAAUGUACACACAGAGACCAUGGACUAUUAGACAGUAUGCAGGAUUCAGUACAGUGGAAGAGAGUAACAAGUUCUAUAAGGAGAACAUUAAAGCUGGACAACAAGGUCUAAGUGUGGCAUUUGAUUUGGCUACACACAGAGGAUAUGACUCUGACAAUCCCCGUGUGUUUGGAGAUGUUGGUAUGGCAGGUGUUGCUAUAGAUACUGUAGAGGACAUGAAGAGACUGUUUCUAGAUAUCCCCCUCUCAAAGAUCUCUACAUCGAUGACGAUGAAUGGUGCUGUCCUACCCGUCCUGGCCUUCUUCAUAGUCGCUGCAGAAGAACAGGGGGCAACUCAAGCAGAGCUAGCUGGUACCAUACAGAAUGAUAUCCUUAAAGAGUUUAUGGUGCGUAACACCUAUAUCUUCCCCCCUGAACCAUCCAUGCAGGUCAUCUCGGACAUCUUUGAAUACACUGCAAAGAAUAUGCCAAAGUUCAACUCUAUUUCGAUCUCGGGAUAUCAUAUGCAAGAAGCUGGUGCGGAUGCUGUCUUGGAAAUGGCUUUUACUAUAGCUGAUGGCCUAGAGUACUGUAGAACAGGAUUGAAGGCAGGAUUGACCAUCGACCAGUUUGCUCCGAGACUGUCUUUCUUCUGGGGUGUUGGAAUGAACUUUUAUAUGGAAAUUGCUAAAAUGCGUGCUGCAAGAAGGUUGUGGGCGACAUUAAUUAAGGAGAACUUCAAUCCAUCCAAUCAGAAAUCUCUCCUCUUGCGUGCCCAUAGCCAGACUUCGGGUUGGUCCCUAACAGAACAGGACCCAUAUAACAACAUCAUCAGGACCACUGUUGAGGCAAUGUCUGCUGUAUUUGGGGGUACACAAUCAUUACAUACAAAUUCUUUCGAUGAGGCUUUGGGCCUACCUACUAAAUUUAGUGCUAGAAUAGCUAGGAACACACAGAUUAUACUCCAGGAAGAGUCUGGAUUACCCAAGGUGGCAGACCCCUGGGCUGGAUCUUACAUGAUGGAGUGCUUAACUGAUGAGAUGUAUGAAGCUGCAUAUAAUGUCAUUCAAGAGGUUGAAGAAAUGGGUGGGAUGGCCAAGGCUGUUGCAGCAGGUAUGCCCAAGUUGAGAAUAGAGGAAUGUGCAGCUAGAAGGCAAGCUAGGAUAGACAGUGGUUCAGAGGUUAUUGUUGGUGUCAACAAGUAUGUAUUACCAGAGCAGGAGCAGGUUGAUGUGCUUGCGAUUGACAACACUGCAGUUAGAGAAUCUCAAAUGGCAAAGUUGGCAAAGAUUCGCAGUGAAAGGGACAGCUCAAAGGCGCAACUGACCUUAGAUGCAAUAACCAAGUCCUGUGAAAGUGGUGAAGGAAAUCUCUUGGGACUGAGUAUAGAAGCAGCUAAGGCCAGAUGUACUAUUGGGGAGAUUACUGAUGCUAUGGAGAAGGUGUUUGGUCGCCAUGUUGCUACAGAUAGAAUGGUCAGUGGGGCUUACAAGACAGAGUAUGGUGAAGAUUCAGAGAUUGAGAUGGUGUCUAAGAGGGUUCAGGAGUUUGUAGACAAUGAAGGUAGACGUCCCAGGAUUCUAGUUGCUAAGGUUGGCCAGGAUGGACAUGACAGAGGUGGGAAGGUUAUUGCAACAGGAUUUGCAGAUCUCGGAUUUGAUGUAGACAUUGGACCUUUAUUUGCUACUCCAAAAGAAGCAGCCCAGCAGGCCAUAGAUGCUGAUGUACAUGUGGUAGGAGUCAGUUCUCUAGCUGCAGGACAUAAGACUCUUGUGCCACAACUCAUUGAGGAACUCAAGGCCAUGGACAGACCGGAUAUCCUUGUUGUUGCUGGAGGUGUUAUUCCCCCUCAAGACUAUGACUUUCUCUAUGAGGCUGGGGUUGCUAACAUAUUUGGACCUGGAACCAGGAUCCCAGAUGCAGCUUUGAAAACAUUAGAUGCAGUGGAGAGUGCCAUCAAAACAAGGAGUGAAUCAUAG